AAAAAGAGAUCGUAGUGCAUACCGCCAGCGUCUUAAGAUUACAAUUUAAACAUUCUUAAAUUCGUACAACAAUACAGAAGCUGCUAUAUUUAUAUUUCUUACGUUUUCCUCUCAUACUUAUGACCAGGAUAGACGUUGUGUUGUUUUUAGAUAGUCUUGCGGGGUCCUUCUGUUUAGGGUGUUCGAGAAUAAAACAUAACAACAACAACUAGCAAGCUUAGCUGUAAUGCAAUAUAUUUGAUAGUUGAGUAAAUCAUGGAUGAUAGUGAACUAGAGAGGAAGGCAGUGGAGGAGCUCCUUAAAGAGGCUAAUAGAGCAAAAGUCCGUGCAGAGACAAUGGGCCCUGCUGGGUGGAUAAAGUGUCCACUGGGAAGUACCAACAAGCGUUUCUUGCUGAACACACUUCGUUCCACUGUUCUGAUGGGUCAGCCUAAAAACCAGGGCACUUCCGAGAGAGGCAGAGAUGGACAUAGGUACAACAGAGAGUGUGAAAAACAUCGCAUCAAAGACUGUGAAGAGUGCAGUCAUAGAAAAGACAGUCACUCUGAUUGUCAUUCAUCAAAACACGAUUCCUCCUCACGCAAGGAUUCAUCAUCCAGAAACCAGCAGUACCUCUCCAGGAAGUCAAAUAGGACUCGAUCUCGUUCACCUGUCAGGGAGAGAUCUGCAGCUGUCCAAAAACACUAUGACAGAAGGAAAAAAUGAUGUAGCAUUCUAUGGAGAGUGUAAUAUUUGUCAACAACAUACAUGAGAUCAUUACCAUCUGUCCAAAGUGUCCAUGUCUUCAUUGUUAAGCUCAGUCGACAGCAUUUGUGGCGUGACGUUGAUUACCACAAAAAUAAUGACUGGUCCUUCUUUAUUUAAAAAAAAAAGCAAAAAUCUUGAGGCACUUACAAUAGAAGUGAUUAGGGCCAAUCAAUAAACAUAAAAAUAUUCACUAUUUCUAAAGUUUAACCACAAGACAUAAACAAUAUGUGUGUUAACGUGAUUUUAGUGUGAUAAAUUCACUCACUAACCUUUUCUGUGUAAAGUUAUAACUAAUUUUACAAUUUUGUUCCCAUGACAACAACGUAACACAGUAAACGCUAAAAUUACGAUCAUUUGAACAACUUAACACAAAUAAUACACAAGUCUUAACAGAAUAAUUAAUGUAGGCCUAAGUGCUUUUAUAAAGUGACAAGUUUCUAAUUUCUGUGGUUAAACACUCCAAAAAAUUGCCCCCAUUUGCUUCUAUUAUAAGUAGGCUACAUUAGGCCUACUGUAGCGUUUUUUCUUUUUGCCCUGUUUUUAAGAAAAGCAAAUGUUAUCGAUUGAACCCGGAACAUUAAUUAAUGUAAUGUGGACAAUGUCACAUUGUUUAUGAUAGUUUUUUAAACAUCUAGAAAGUGAUUAUGUUAUUUCACGUACUUGACCAGCACAAAACAUGAUAUUCUUAAUAAAAACGUGUUUACUCUGGUAAUAUAAGCCAUAUGUUCUUAUGUAGGCCUAUAGUUUGUCAUUAAAAGCCUGUAUUAACAGUUUUAAUUUAACAUUUGGCCAAUAAACACAAGUUUUU